UUUUUACACAUUGGCUACCUGGGUUAAGACCACCGUCACACAAUUUCGAAAAGACUUUUUCCCAUGUCAUUUCCCAUGUGCAAGGAAGGCGGCCAUGCGAAUUUCACGUGAAUGAGACUGGAGUCGGUUCAUCAAUGCAUCCCUUUCCAUAAAAUUACAUUCCUUUUUUGCAAGUUGUAAUUGACCCAGGAUUCUGAGCCGACCACGCCAAGGUCUCAUCAGCCAUGUCCAACCGUGUUCUCCAGUACUUUUACGCGCCCACGUGGGACUACCCUCCGGCCGGCCCGAUCAAGCUCGGAAAUGUGCUCAUGUCAAUAAAAAAGCCCGAGAACCCCCUAUUCACGGCACCUCUACCGACAGCCGAGGAGGUCUUCACCAUGAACAAGACAGACGUCGAAUUCUCUACCGAAAAGCUAAACGGCGGCCAUCUCACCAUCUUGACCAAGUUCUUGAGCAUUUUCGGUCUCGGCGUCGACACUGGUGUCCAGUGGGACAGACGCGGAGAGGAUUUCUUCAAGUUCGAGCGGCUCGAGACGGUGCAGUUCGUACCCAGAGCGGAGUACAUCCAGAGCUGCAUAGAGGCCGACCCGGUGCGGACCUACCUGGAGAUGUCCUGCUACCGCAAACCCGUCUACGUCGUCACCGGCAUCAAGACUGUGUACGGCGCCAUGGGGAAGACCAUGGUGUCGCGCAGCUAUGGCGGCAUGGUCGGGGUCGAACUGGACGGUACCAUGAUGAGCGGAGGGCUGGCACCGUUGGGUGGCGGGCCGGAGAUUGGAGGACAGAGAGAGGACAAGAGGUGGACGGCGUGGCAUGGGAGUGAUGAUUUCGUCCUUGCUUUCAAGGUCAGAAAGGUAUACGUGGAUCGGAGGACCGGCAAGGUGAACAAGAAUGAUGACUAUACAAAAGGGGCCAUGUUGGGUAGUGACGAUCCCAAGGCCGCCAGUGUUCCUGAUAUCGUCGUCCGGGAAGAGGAGGACCCCGACCCAAGGGCGGAGGGAUUCUACACAGAAGAAACUAUGGAGGGCGAAAAGGUGGUGUCUUGCUCAUUUUUGUCGAAGAAUGACGACCUGCACCUUCAGCACAGAGCUGAGGUUUCAAAAGGCACACUACUGUAGGUAUUUUACCACUACGCGAUGGGUUUGUUAAAAGCUCAUCCCAGGAUUCACAUCAAUCAAAUUUGAUAGAAACUGUCUGUCAACGAACCGCUGUCCGGUUUCCGGCUUGCGAGGUGGUUUGUCACAAGAUUUUAUAAAGCUUCAAAGAAGGCCUUUAAGAGCUGUUUAACCG